UGAAAUUUCUGAAACGCCUCCGCCAGGAACUACGUCAUCACAGUUGCCACGGUAACGUUAGAAACUGUACACUCAUCUCCAUGGAAACAGUGGACACAACAAUGUUUCUGAGGAGAGAAGUCAUGAAUUGGUGAAGGACGUACUUGCUUGCGUGUUUUUAGUGAGAUUGGCUCUUGUAUCUGCUGUACGCAUUUCUGAAAAGGCGCCAAGAAGAUCACGUAUCUGUCACAUAUUCGUAAAAUUAACCAGUUUUGAAAUGGAUGGUCUGUCAUCUAUGCAGACUCUCCAAGCACUUUCCUCUUUGUUGUCAAAGCGGGACGAAUACGAUGAUGAAGAUUCUGAGAUUGUACAGGCCUCAGCUAAACUGUGCCCAGGCAAUAUCGGGCCUCCUGCUUCUUCACACAAACAGAGCAAGGAAGGAUCCUCCGCGUACGCCAAGCAGAACAGCAAAGCCAUCUGGGACGAGGACGAGGUUCCUGAAGUGGCGCAGUUUGAUGACCUCACAGACCCACGCCCGGAACCUGAGUAUGACUGUGUCUCUGUGUUUCUACUGGCGGUCAUAGUUACUGUUCAUAUACGAUAUGACAUCAUUCUGAAGCAGAGUGUUGGCACAGAGGACCUGUUUUUGGGCAUGAGCCGUAAAGACCCCUCCUCUAUGUGCUGCGAAGGCAUGCUGGUGAGGGUGAAGCUUCCAGACACCAAAGCCAGUGAAGUGGUCCUGGACGUUAAAGAGCAGUUCCUGGACCUGCGGACCCCAAAGUAUAAGCUGGGCCUGCAUCUUCCCCAGCCAGUGCACCCGCGUGAGGGGACGGCUCGCUUCAUCAGCGAGAGGGCCGAGCUGGAGAUCACGCUGCUCAUGCAUCGACCCAUGGACUGCAUCAACCUGGCCUGAGAGCGGGGUGGGGUGGAGCAGAGAGAUGGAGAGAGAGAGUGAAGGAUGGAGUGAGGGAGAGAGGGAUGGAGUGAG